CAUGGCUGCCCACCAUAAGCAAGCUAGCAGUCAUGGAACUCGAAAAAAAGUUCAAGUUUCGUAUGUCAUCCGCGACGAGGUCGAAAAGUACCACCGUUCUGGAGUGAACUCGCUCCAGUACGAUCCGUACCUGAACAGGCUUUACUCUGCUGGCAGGGACUCCAUUAUCCGGAUUUGGAACACAAGAAAUACAGAUGACCCUUAUUCACAAUCAAUGGAGCACCAUACAGACUGGGUCAACGACAUAGUCCUUUGCUGUGGAGGAAAGAACCUCAUAUCAGCUUCUAGUGAUACUACUGUCAAAGUCUGGAAUGCAUACAAAGGAUUUUGCAUGUCAACGCUACGAACCCACAAGGACUACGUAAAGGCACUAGCAUACGCCAAAGACAGGGAACGAGUUGCAUCAGCUGGCCUAGACCGUGUCAUCUUCCUCUGGGACGUGAAUACGCUGACCGCUCUCACUGCCUCUAACAACACAGUUACAACAUCGUCCCUGACAGACAACAAAGACAGCAUCUACAGCCUUGCCAUGAACCCACCAGGCACUGUCAUUGUGUCCGGGUCGACGGAGAAGGUCAUCCGGGUCUGGGACCCCAGGACGUGUCAAAAGAUGCCAAAACUGAAGGGUCACACGGACAACGUCAAGGCUCUCUUACUCAACAGAGAUGGGACGCAGUGUGUAUCCGGCAGCUCUGACGGGACGAUCCGGCUUUGGUCACUAGGGCAGCAGCGUUGCGUUAGCACAAUCAGAGUACACACGGAAGGAGUCUGGGCACUGCAGGUAAACGAAACAUUCACGACAGUAUUCUCUGGGGGCAGAGAUAGGAAAAUAUUUAUGAGUGAUCUAAGGAAUCUGGAUAACAGAGUUCUGCUUUGUGAAGAAACCGCACCAAUUCUUAAAAUGAUGCUUUGUAACGAUACAAAUUCCCUGUGGGUUGCAACGACAGAUUCUUGCAUCAAGAACUGGCCAGUUAGCAACCGCACCCUGCAGACAGAUGAUUACGAUGUAGACAGGGUACCACUAUGUCAGAAGCCACAGGCAGUCGUUAAAGGUAACCCUAGUAUUCGGCACUACUGCGUGCUAAACGACAAGCACCACAUCAUCACCAAAGACACAGCAAACUCUGUAGCUCUGUGGGAUGUUCUAAAUGCAUGCAAAUUAGAAGAUCUCGGAGAGGUCGACUAUGAGGCAGAAAUCAAGAAGAGAUUCAAAGUGGUGUACGUUCCAAACUGGUUUUCUGUCGACCUCAAAACAGGGAUGCUGUGCAUCCAUUUAGAUGAUCCCGAUUGCUUCGCUGCAUGGGUGUCUGCCAAAGAGUCUGGAUUGGGGUCACCUGACGGACCUGACCCAAAAAUUAACUUAGGAGGAUUACUAUUACAAGCUCUCUUAGAAAAUUGGCCGCCCACUUAUACAAAUGAAGAGGACAAUGAAAAUGGUGGAAAUCCAAACUUGUUGAAUGGGGAAAGACAGAAGCCUGGCAACCUCUACUUCAGUGUACCUGACCACACACCUGUUGUAUUUGGUGAGGUGGGUGGACGUACUCUGCUGCGGCUGUUGGUCGGCGAUGCCGGGCGAGAGACGGAGGAUAUGCUGCUCCACGAGACCGUUCCUUCAUGGGUCACGGACGUAGUCAUUUCGAAAAACAUGCCUAGGUUCAACAAACUUCCUUUCUACCUCUUACCACAUUCCUCGUCUGGAGUAAAACCUCUGAGAAAGGAACGGCUAUCGGCGAGCGACAUGCUUCAGGUGCGCAAAGUUUUGGAGCAUGUCUAUGAAAAGAUCAUGGGAGCCAACUCCGAAGCAGGAUCCCAGGCGGGGAGUGCCACUGGAACGCAGUCUGGCACACAGCCUGGCUGUCAAUCCAGCUCUGGUCAGGAGAAGGGAGAGCCGGCACCAACUGAGGAGGAACGAGCAUCUAUCGCGGAAGAGAAAGUGGAACUGCUCUGUCAGGAUCAGGUGCUGGAGCCGACGAUGGACCUACGUACAGUCCGCCACUUUAUUUGGAAAAGUGGUGGAGAUCUCGUCCUACACUAUCGUCCGGUCAAGUGACAGAGACCUCUUGGCUGGAGCCUUCUCAAAAAGGGCUGCCACAGGGCUGUCGGCACCAUGUUUCUGUGAUACUAAAGACUCUGAGGACACUGUGCCACACGUGACACCAGGUGCCACUGUGUGAUCCCCCCCUUUCAUGUGGAACUCGUAUAUCUGUGCUUCGGAAGCGUAGAGGAGUCACAGGGAGUGCAUCUUUGUGUUUUUAUUGCAAGAAAAAAAAAGAGAAAGCAAGGAAAAGCCACGUUAUAGGAGGACACGCUUUAGGUUGGCCAAAAAUUUAACAGCCUCACAAAUUGCAUUGCCCUGCACAACCGGUGAAAUAUAACAUGCAUACUUUCCGUGGAUAGUAAUGUUUAUAUAGUCAGACCACGUCUAGAAUUGUGCCGUCUCGCAAAUAUAUGGUGCCAGUACGGAAAUGGGUCCCGUCAAAUCUGGGUACAACGCUGAGCCGUGGAGGAAAACCACAGUCGUGAAGUUUCGGGGGGAAAAGGUUCUAAUGUUUUCUAGCCAGGCAAUCGAUGUCCUCUUUCUCAAUAACCAAACAGAAGCGCUAUUCCUCCUUCACUUGCAAGCAGAACAUUUGGUGCAUAGUAGUGUAGGACAUAGGCAUGCAUAGAAAAAAAAAAGCAUUUUGAUGCACUUGUCAUCUUGCGUUGUAUCUAGCGGAUUUGUCUCUUUUUGUCUCUGGUUACCAGUUGAAAAGGAAGCUAUUCGUGAACCUGUUUUCUAAUAUAAUAUUUUUAUACAUUUUGGAGUAUCCUUGUGGUGGCAUAUUUUAAGAAGGUGUCUGGCUAUGGAAGUGAUGUUCUGUGUGAAAUUCAGGUGUGGACGUCAAGUGCAGUGCAGGUUCUCACCGGUAUUGAAGGUUGCUUUCUCAACCAGACAAGCCCCAAAUUUUCUGACAGGUUGGCAACCGUGACGUGCAUGGUUCAAAGAGUGUCCAACAGGUGGCAGUAUAAUGCACGAGUGCAGUGGAAGUGUAAAAAUGGCCCUAUUUGUAACAUGCACCAACGGGGAACAGCAUUUUGUCAUUCAAUUUCGGAGUAGUCAGGGGGUGAACCAACAAAUAAAAAUUUAGAAUAAUGACUAUUUUGUUUUGUGUUAUGCAGCACUUUUUUUUUUUUUCUUCACAAUCGCUUUAACUUGGAGUUAUGGCCUUCCUAGUCCAAUCAUGCACUUGCUGCACUGAAACAAAUUUCACUUGAAGAUUAACUUUAAUAAGUGUUUAACAUUUCGCUUAAAAACAAGACAAAACACUGUGCCUCUGAUUCAUCCUGCAAACGAGGCCCACCAACUUUACAGUUACCGUUGUGCCGUCGUGCUGCAUUCUUACACCGUGCUACCCCCUGUUUGGUGAACCUUGAUAUCAUGGGUACCGCAGUUGCCAACUUACUGGAUAGCUGCUUUUCUUUGCAUGACUGGAGUCUAGUCUUUAUGGCUUCAUUACACUAAGGAAACAUUUUACAUGAGAGAUGUUACUGCAAUGAACAAGAGCAAAAGGCAACAGCUGCUGUGUCCACUGUUCCUUGUACAAUGAUUCCUAACCGAAUCACCAAUAUUUACUGCUACAGCUACAACUCUGAAAGCAAAAUUUAUUACAUCUGGGCUUUUAUUAUAAUGCAUCGAUAAUACUCAAUUUAUCCGAUUAACCGAUUCGUCUAAUCGCGUUUACGGCCAUACGUUCGGAACUAACAAGGUACUGCUACCCGAUAACGUGAAAUGCCUGAGCCUGUGCACUACUAGAGUUGUGCCGAGACUCGGGCUUUUCACACUAUGGAGUUUGUCCACCAGCUGGACUGCAUCUAUGCCGUACUCUAAGAUACUGCUACGACAACAAGUCUGCGAAUGCAGCAGCAGUUCUGCUAGAAAAUCUUAUGUUAGUGUGUUCCCUAUGUUUGCUUAUCUUCUAAUUGAUAGAAAACUGACGAAACAGCAAGAAGGCUGAAGCAAGGCAAACGUAGCUUCAUUUUCGUGCAUAGGAAAACUGAGAAUGUGCAACCAUAGGUGCUGCAUGUGACAGCAUCUCAACACAAGUUUGCUCAUUAACGGAAGAUAUUAUGAGCAAGCUUUCUCACAGCUGCAGUUGCUUGUGGUAACCCUUCCUCCCAUUAACAGUUUUUUUUUUUAAACCUCUCAAAGAGAACGAUUAUGCACGUUAAUUUCCAUCACUGCUCCCAUACGCAUUGUUUAGUUCCAGAUUCUAAGAAGGUACACACUCUUACUGCUCACAGCUCCAAGUGUGCUCCAGGCUUCACGAUGAACAUGGAUAUUUUACUGUACUUAGUUCAGAGUUAGUUUGAAGAAUUUGCACCUGACCAGGAAUAAAUGAUUGAUUGGCUAAUAAUGAUCCUAAAUAAUAGGAGCUAUAAGCAAAUAAAUGGUACACAUUAUGAAUACACCGGAUCCCAGUCAACAAAAUUUGUUGCAGUAAUAUUGCAGCAAUGUUGCCAUGUCAUGAUGUUAAUGUCUAAUGCUAAUGUCUGCGCUUGUUAUAUUGCAGCAACAUUAUAGAAACAACAUUGCAGGAACACUGCAUCGAUACAUUGCACCAACAUUUCAGAAACAACGUUCACCGGUAAUCACACCCUCAUAUCCUGAAGUCUAGAAUUCAACAUUUAAUACAUGUGCAGUGCAUCUGCGCUGAAAACACGAAAGCAAUAAACGCCGCCGAUCUGCUUGUCGGCAUCAACUGCAACUUUCAACUUUCUGCAACUUUCCGAUUUUGCUACUUUCUGUCCUUUUUCAUAUUGAGCGUCAGCAAUGUUCUUGUUACACUGCCACAACAUUGUCCCCACAACAUUGUAUCAGCAAACUUGCUGCAAUGUACCAUUACACUUGCAUUGGAAAUGUUGUCGCAGAAGCAAACUAACAAUAGAGAACAAGAGAGAGUUUUCAGUAACGUUUUCAGUGACUUUCAUCUUUCAUCGUAAACUAACAAUGUUUCCAGAACCUAACUUCCACAGCAUUGUUUCAAUAUUGAGAAAACGAUGCGGUAACGUUGUGCUUGGCUGUGAAACAUUGCUGCAGCACUUCUGCAACUUUCUGUCUUGACUGGGAUAAAAACUCCCACCAGUAAUACUGUGGUCUGCCAAAAGUGUGAGGUUGGGUUAAGAAAGGAGCUUUCCUUGACUACAGAUGUGUUACAUUAAUUCGAAGCAAAUCUUGAUUCCUUCUAAUGCAGUUUUGCACAGAAAAGCAGUCUGUAGAGGUACACCAUUGAUCCUAUUAUGUUCAUGGGCUACGCAAGUUAUGUAACUGUCAACUUUGUUGUAUCUCGCCGCCUCCACUCGGAGGAAGGGCCUCUUUAGUGCCAAAUGAGCUAUGCUUCUGCCACAAGCAUGGGAAAUUGUGUGAUGUAUGGUACCUUCCUCUGUGUAAUGAAAGCAGUCGGGAGAAGCGAUGUGAGCCAACGCUAGUCAGUUGGAAAGAGACUUUGCUGUGUGCUGAAAGGACACGAGGGUUCAUAGCACUCAACCAAGCGACAAUAAAGAGAUGAACUUUA